CCAGCAAUCAAAAUUGGCUCUCUGGUGAGGACUGAAGCCCAGAAAGAGGCUCCAGAAACUUGGUCUGAGGUACACAUCCUUGAGUUGGAGAGAGAAGGCCAAGGAAGUGCCAGGAAUUCGGCCUGUGGGACCCCUAAACCACCUCUUGGUGACUCGCCUGCCAGCUGUACAACAAGAGUCAUGACACCAGCUCGGAAGCGACGACGUGGCCUGGGCAAGGAAGACAUCACAGAGACUGAGGACUCUGGCGAGGCUCAGCUGCCCCGGGUUGUGGAAGAGGAGUUUUCCUCCUCUUCCUCCACCUGCUCCUCCUCUUUCCCUUCCUCCUACACUACCUCCUCCCCCUCCUCAACUUACUCAGAUGAGGAAGUGGCUGAGGCUGGGAAUCUUCUGCAGGCCCUGGGAACCAGCAAUUCCUCCACGACAGCAGAGUCCACUCUACUGAGUACAUCCCAGGAGGGGGACACCAUUACCCAGGAAGAGGGUUUAAACACCUCUUCCCAGGCCAUUGCUAUAGCACCUUUUUCCCCACUGUUCUUGACAAAUGCUUUUGACAAUAUGGUGGGGGAGCUGGUAAGUUUUUUUCUUUUCAAGUACCGCAAGCAGGAGAUGUUAACCAGGGCCGAAGUGCUGAGAACCAUCUUCACAAACAACCAGGAGGCCUUCCCCGGCGUCUUCAGCAAGGCCUCAGAAUGCAUGCAGUUCAUCUUCGGCAUCGAUGUGCAGGAAAUGAACCCCCAAGUCCAUUCCUAUGCCCUGUGUAAUACCCUGGACCUUACUUACAAUGUGUCCUUGUUGGCUGAGGAGAAAUUCCCCAUGGGUGGCAUUUUGAUUUUUAUCUUGACCAAAAUCUUUAUAGAGGGUAACCGCUCUUCUGAAGAAAGCAUUUGGGUAUCCCUCAGAGAGAUGGGGCUAUAUCCAGGGAGGAACCACUUCAUUUAUGGGGAGCCCAGAGAGUUCCUUACCAAUCUGUGGAUGCAGGAACACUACCUGGUGUACCGGCAGGUGCCAGAUAGGGACCCUGGCUACUAUGAGUUCUUGUGGGGUCCCAGGGCCUAUGCUGAGACCAGCAAGAUGAAGGUUCUGGAGCUUUUUGCCAGGAUCAGUAAUAUUGAUAUCAAGUCUUUAGAUAUGUGGUAUUUGGAGGCUUUGAGAGAUCAGGAAGAGAGAGCCCAGGCUCAGAGUUCUAUGGCAAUGACCAAUGCAGACACUCUUGCUGUGGCUGGUGCGGGUCCAGAAUUUGGCCAGUAGAUUCUCUUGAGUGAACUUUGACACAAACCCUUCCCUUGUGUUCUGUAUAGCUGCCAUCUUUGUAUCAUCAUAAGGGUGGCUGAAAUGAGUCUCCUUUUAUCUUGGGCAUUUUAAAAGGC